AUGACUAGUCUUGAUCGCAACUAUUGGUCUGAACUCAAUGGUCAGGAUUAUGUUCAACGUCUAGCUUUUCCAGACGAUCUAGAGGUAUUGAAAUUGUCAAUUGCUGGAAGUUACUUUGCAACAUGCUGUUUCUCAGCUGUCCUGAAGCAUAUCGACAUUUCGAUGGGAUUGACCUUCGCUCCGCAAACCCUGAGGAUCAAAUUCGAGCCCUCAGAAGGGUCAAUGAUGAUCGAUCUCUCAACAAUGGCGUCGCUCGAGUUAAUCCAGAACCUGCAGAAUGCAAAAUCUCGGGAAUGCUUGUUUGGGCUGUUGAACCAAACCAUGACCCCAAUGGGCGCCCGUUUCCUCCGCAGCAAUGUCUUGCAACCAUCAAUCGAUGCUGAAAAGAUCAAGAAGCGGCACGAGGCCGUCGCCGAACUCACAUCUAAAGGGGACAUGUUAUUUGCCAUUCGAUCUGCUCUCAAGUCCUUUGUCGAUGCUGAUCGUGUACUUGCGGCGCUCGUGGUCAUUUCUGCAAGACAAGACUUCCAUUUCAUGGAGCAAUCCGCGAAUCAUGUGCUUAUGCUGAAAAAGUUUGUCGACUCGAUCAAGCCAAUUUGGGAAGCUCUCACUGGUGCCGGCAGCGAAGAGCUACAGAUGAUACGCCAACUUUGUGAGCCGACGAGAUACGUCAACAUCGAAAAUCUUAUCAAAUACUGCAUCAACGAGGAUGUAUCAUGUUCGACGAAACCUCUUGAGCUGCGAAGCCAGAGAGCGGGUGUCAACUCCUUCCUCGACGUAGCCCGUCAAGCCUACAAAGAGCUGAACGACGACGUGAAUGCAUACUUCAAUGAGCUCAAAGAGCAAUUUGAACUGAACCUGGAUCUCAAAUUCGAACACGCACGCCAAUAUUACCUCCGCUUCCCAAUGGCUGAUCUGGAAUCCCCAGGGACGCUCCCCGUCAGCUUCAUCAACGCCUACCAAAAGAACAAAUACCUGGAAUGCCAGACCCUCGACCUCAUCAAAAUGAACCAAAAGCUCAAAGACGCGCACAGCGAAGUCAUCACCCUCUCGGACAGCACAAUCCAAGAACUGAUUCAACAAGUGCGGAGUCAAAUCCACCAGCUCUUCAAGAUCAGCGAGUCAGUCGCUACGCUCGACAUGUUGGCGGCGUUCGCUCACUUGACCACAGCAUGCAUUAGCGGCGACUAUACGCGGCCCGAGCUCAGCACUGACUCCCUCAUGAUCAAGAGCGGCCGCCACCCCAUCCGCGCCAAAUUAAUGUCCACGACAAGCGAGAAAUUCAUCCCCAACGACGUCUACGCUACGCCUCAGAACCGCUUCCACAUCAUCACCGGUGCGAACAUGAGUGGCAAAUCGACGUACAUUCGCUCCAUUGCUCUGAUGAGCAUAAUGGCGCAGAUAGGUUGCUUCGUCCCUGCUGAGUACGCCUCUUUCCCGCUGUCCCACGAGUUAUUCGCAAGAGUCAGCACAGACGACAACCUCGAAGCCAAUGUUUCCACUUUCGCGAGCGAAAUGCGCGAGAUUGCCUUCAUUAUCCGUAACAUCAGUCACACAAGCCUAGUCAUCAUCGACGAGUUGGGCAGAGGGACAAGCACGACGGACGGACUUGCCAUCGCCAUCGCCAUUGCUGAAACGCUCAUCAACAGCAAAGCGUACGUCUGGUUCGUCACGCAUUUCCGCGAUCUGCCACGCAUUCUGGCUGAUCGGGCCGGUGUAUCGAAUCUGCACCUCAGUGUAGACAUCUCGAAGGACUACGCAAAGAUGACAAUGCGGUAUAAGAUCUUGGAAGGGUAUGAGGAGGAGAAGUUCUACGGCUUAGCUCUCGCUCGUGUGAUCGGCCUUCCGCCCGACGUCCUGGACACGGCAACGCGCGUGAGCAAGGCAUUGCACGAGAGGAAUGAAGCGAAGAAACGGAAUUCUAGGGCCACCGCCGCGGCGAGGCGGACCAAGCUGAUCCUAAACCUUAGAGAACAAUUGGUCCAGGCCAGAGCGAGCGUACUGCUCGGUGGGAGUAGAAACGACGGAUCGCCGGGUAGUCGUAGUAGCGAAGAAGGGGUCAGCGCCGAAGCCUUGAGGGAUUGGUUGAAGAAGCUGCAGGUUGAGUUCCUGGUCCGUUUGAGGGCGAUUGAGGUGGAUGCUGAGGCGACGGCGGCACAGGCCAAUAAAACUGGCGAAGAGAUGAGUGAUCUCUUUGAGGGAGAGGAUGGCGCGGAGAAACUUACGGAAAGGGAUUUCUUCGAGGCUGGCGAUGUGACGCUUGAAAAGAAUGGGUGA